GGCGGGGCUAAAGCCUGAGGGUAGGGCUAAGAGCAGCGAGAAGGUCUGGAAAGGAACUAGGGAUGGGACUGAGGGCUGGGCCCGAGAUAAAGGGGAGGUACUAAGGUUGAAGGUGGGACAAAGAGGGGCCUGGAAGGAGCUGGGAGGCCCCAGAUGAAGAGGGCGACUGAGCUUAGACGUGGGCUGAGAGGACAACGCAAACUAGAACGGGGGAGGGGUGGGGGUGGAGGGAUAGGGCAAGCAUGAGGCAGAGUUAGGGGCUGGGCUGGGGCCAAGCUGAGACUGGGGUUUAUGGUUGGCUCGGCCAAGCUGAGGUUCAGGGUUGGACUUCGACAAGGAAGAGUCUUGUAGAGAAGAAGAACUGGGCUGAGAGCGAUGUGGGUCAGGACGACACUGACGACUGAAAGAUGGACUAGUGAAAAGACUGAGGACGAUGCCAACAUCUGGGAUGAGAGCAGCUGGGGUGAAUUCAAGGACCCUGACAGGUGCUGCUGGAAACACAAGCCAUGCACUGGGCACAUCAUGUACCCCUUCGCCUCUGCCUAUGGCCACCACGAUCUGCACCUGCACUCUGUCAGCCACUGUGACUGUGACUCUAGGCUGAAGGACUGCUCAAAGACAAAUACCAGCAGCUUCCGAGAUGGGGGCCCAACCUGCUCCCGAGAUGUGGGUUCAACUUGUUUCAAGAUCAUCCAGUCCCCUUGCCUUGAGUUCAUCCCAGAGGAAUUGUGUGUGGAGCGGUUCUGGUACGGCUGGUGCAAAAGCUACAGGCCUGUCUCUGUGGCAGUGAUCCACCAUCCCAUCCACCACGAGUGUGGGGCAGAUGACCUAGAUGAAGAAGAGGAAGAGGAGGAGGAGGAGGAGGAAGAAAAAAGCAAGCCUCCCAUCCCGACCCAGGUGGGGCCCACCACCACACCCACUGAUGCGGGCAUGGGCAUGGUCACGGGUACUCCUGACUCGGCAGCUCCCAUUACCAUCUGGCGCUCUGAGAGCCCCACAGGGAAGUCCCAGGGCAGCAAGGUGAUCAAGAAGAUCAAGAAGAAAAAGGAAAAAGAGAAAGACAAGGAGGAGGAGUCAGAUGAGAAGACAAAGCUGAAGAAAAAAGUCAAGAAGGGCAAGCUGCCUAAGAAGAAAAGCCUGGUUAAAUCAGAAUCUCCACCUCCAGACUUGAGCCGAUCACUAAGCCCAAGAGAGUUGGUCAGGAUGUCAGAGUCCAGCCCAGACACUCGGGAAGACCUGGAGAGUGAGGACAGUUACAAUGACCCCGGGCGGGAGGCACCCUCUAGUGAGGAUAUUGUGGAGUCUUCAUUGCCCAAGAAGAGAGAGAAGAACACGGUCCAGGCCAAGCAGCCCAGGGUAAAGGCCUCACCGAUCAAGAAGGUCAACAAGAGGAAAUCUCCCCCAGCAUCAAACCCCAAUCUCAGUUGAGGCCAGGGCGACCAGGGUGAAGAAUAAAUGCGAUCAAGCCUGUCGCUGACCCUU